CGCGAACACAUCAGGUUCAACGGAGGCGCAGCAGGCCAGUCAGCUGCCUGGCGCAUAGCCAUGACACUUGCUGAUAGGGCGAGAAGACAUGACUCUGCAGCGGUAUAAGCAGCAACUCCCUCCGUUCCACUCCCGGCCAUUUGUGUUGCACAGGCACUCCCGCGGGGCAGUUUGGGGCUUCACCGCAUCUUCCACAAGCAUCACGUCCGCACACUGAGCUGAAUGCCCGUCUCUGUGAGCGCAGCGUUGCCGACCAUUGUCGCAUCUUUUUGGCAAAAUGACCUUGGAGCCCAAAGAAAACAGAGAGGCGCACGAAGAGCAUGCAGCGAAUCUAGCGCAUGCGGACGCUGCACAUAGGGAAGCUUACGAUUACUGGGGCUAUCUGUUCAAGAAGGACAAGUGCGGAACGCCAUUGCUGGACCGCCUCCUCAAGGGCAUUGCAGAGGUUAUUAGCAAGAAGUUCGACCCAAGCGACUCGCCCGACCUUACGCCUUCGCAGCUGGCAGCUUGGUACCGCCAUGUCGGCGGGGACUACAAUCUUCUCUUCACAGACACGCCUCCCUCGUCCAUUGCCUUUAUUUACCGCUCGCUCGGCGCAUUUCACAGUCUACAGCCCGCGCCAAGUGACGACGGGUACGGGAGUCCUACUAUACCCGCACUGAAGAAGCAAGGAUUUGUGACAUGGCAGACGAUACAGUUGCUGCUUGGGCCAGAAGAGCAUGUGCCGUUUCUCCAAAAGGCGGUAGAAAAGGACGACGUCAUCGAUCCAGAGACAGGCAAUGCAUUUCCCAAGAUCCUGCCCAAGGAAUGCUUUCCAGAGAGGCCCGACGAUGCCAUGGAAACAUGGUAUCAGGGCGUCGCUGCCAGACUUAGGCGGGAGGCAGAGGAAGAGGCGAAUGGCGCACGUGUAGCCGACGAGCCUAGACCGCGCAUCUCCACGGAUAUGUCUGGGGAGGGCACGUCUGCGGACGAGAAACAUGGCGCGUUCAGGUACUUUGAGGACCCCAUGUAUCGCAGAAGUAGGCCACGGCCGAGCUUCAUGCGGCACGUUUCGAAGCAAGCGGCGCGCCCUGUGGAAGACCAUGGGAGGGCUGUCGCUUCGAGAGUUAGGCAUAUGCUGAACCCUUUCGGCAGCAGGAAAAAGAACAUGCCAGGACGCUACGAAAACGACAGCCUUUCAGACGACGAAGAUGCUACCCCCAUUGCCGCUGCUCCUCCCCAGGCGCUUCGCUAUCCUUCGCACAAGCGCCCUCACCCGCAGCGACGAGAUGACUCCCUAUCCACGACCGACUCGGACUCGGAUUCGGAUCGUCCACCUUCACGACGGCAUACGCCUCCACUGCGACAUCGCAGAUCCCACGAAACACCCACCUCGCCCCUCGAGUACUUCCCCGCCUACUAUGAGGGACCGCGGCGCUACUCGCACCAGCCUGAUGCCAACAUCAGAGCAGAGGGCAGGGGCUCCAAAGCUACUUCUCCUCUGCCAGUCUAUGGGCCCACUCAAUCGCCCAUGUUUGCAACCCAUGUUGCGCAACUCGAAGCGCGAAACUACUACGACCGCAGGCCUAGCAUGCCACCAAGACCAAGCUACCGCCCUGUUCCACAGAAUGUGAAAUGGGGGUCUCCUUCUGUGCCCGUCGGCCCUUCAAGAGAAGGCGAAGCCCCUUAUACUCGAGAUGACGGCCGUGAGCGCGAGCGACGACGCAGCGACCGAGACCGCGAAGGCCGUGCAGUUUCGCAUGAUGUGGGAGGCAGUAGUCGAGCGCGCCGCCGGCGAUCCACAGAGGACGCUGCGUACCCACGUGAGCGCGAGCGUGACAAUGCUCGAACGCGAAGCCACGACCGCGUUAAAGACGAAUGGGAUGAGCGAAUCGGCAGCCGCGAGAGGGACAGGUCGAGAGACGAUAGCAGGUCGAGAGAUCGGGAGAGAGAUAGAGACCGGGACCGUAGGGGGGCACACAGGUAUGUGGGGCAGCUUGUGCAGUUCUUGAAGGGGUUUUGA